AUGGCCAUUUCGAAGAAGUCGAGGCCGAACGAAGACCUCGAGGUCUCUGAUGUUCCAGCUUCGUUGGCUGGCGACAACCAAAAGCCGGCCGGCGAUCACGAUGCGGUAUUUGGCGAGAUCACAGAAGAGGGCCCCAAUUAUCGAAACGUCGGAUGGAUGGGCACGGUUGCCUUGAUGAUGAAGACGAUGAUCGGCCUCGGUGUGCUUUCGAUCCCGUCUGCCUUUAAUACACUUGGAAUUGUCCCUGGGGUCAUCUGUAUGUGUACCAUUGCGGGGAUCACAACUUGGUCGAACUAUAUUGUUGGCGUGUUCAAACUACGGCAUCGAGAGGUUUACGGCAUCGACGAUGCUGGCGGUUUGAUUUUUGGUCGGGCCGGCCGUGAAAUACUUGGAGCAGCUUUCUGCAUCUAUUGGGUAUUUGUGUCUGGGUCGGGCAUGCUUGGUAUUUCCAUUGGCUUAAAUGCUAUCUCGCACCACGGAACAUGCACUGCAGUCUUCGUCGCCGUUGCCGCCAUUAUCGGACUUUGUCUUGCCAGCAUUCGGACCCUGGGCCGGAUCAGUUGGAUUGCCUGGGUUGGCCUUGCAAGCAUUCUUUCGUCCAUCUUCAUCGUGACUGUCGCCGUUGGAGUCCAGGAUCGACCCUCGGCUGCACCCCAAGAGGGCCAUUGGAAAUCAGACUACAAGAUCAUCAACCAUCCGUCAUUCACAGAAGCAGCCACUGCCCUAUCCUCUCUCGUCUUCGCCUACGCUGGUACUCCCGCCUUCUUCCCCAUCGCUGCUGAAAUGCGUGAUCCUCGACUGUACACCAGAGCACUCGUCAUCUGUCAGGUUGGAGUCACUGCUACAUAUCUCGCUAUUGGCUGCGUGGUUUAUUACUUCUGUGGCUCGUAUGUGGCAUCACCAGCUCUGGGCUCGGCUGGCCCCUUGAUGAAGAAAAUCUGCUACGGAUUGGCACUGCCAGGCUUGGCUGCCACCACAACCAUCGUCAUCCAUCUCCCCAGCAAGUACAUCUUUCUUCGUCUCAUGCGUGGAUCCAAGCAUUUGGUCUCCAACAGCGCUGUUCACUGGGGUACAUGGUUAGGCUGUACUUUUGGUACCACGGUUAUUGCAUACAUCGUCGCCAGUGCUAUCCCCGUAUUCGGCGACCUUGUAUCCUUGAUCGGUGCUCUUUUGGGAACACUCAUGUCUUUCCAACCGAUGGGUUGCAUGUGGCUAUAUGACAAUUGGAGCAAGGACAAGCAAGACCGGACGGCAAAGUGGUACGUUAUGGUCUGCUGGUCUUCAUUUGUUAUUAUUUCAGGAACAUUCUUGAUGAUCGGCGGUACAUAUGGAUCCGUCGUUAGCAUCAUCAACUCGUAUAAGGCAUCAGGGGGCUCAGCUGCUUGGUCUUGUGCAGACAAUUCCAACUCCGUCUAG